AAAACUUUUUAACAGAUAAUCUUAACAAUUUCUUACAUCCAUGGUCGAAAUCCGCCAUAAAUGUACCAGUCAGUAUCCAUUCCUAUUCAGCCCUUAUUGUUGUACAAAUUGCUCCGAGCUUUCACCUUUUCAUCGCUGCAAUAUUCGUAGUAGCCUUGGCAUACUUACCUAUCCUUUUAAUUGAGGGAUAGAUUCAAAUCCGGUCAAUAGUGAAGUGUUGGAGCUAUGGAAUGGGCUGCAUUGCGAGCUCGCGGCGCGUUGAUGUAACCUCGAUGCCCAAUUCGCAGAGUUCGUGGCAAGAUGCACUUGGUAAAGAAACGGUACUUGCAGCCCUUGCAAGGUUGGAUCAGGACAUUGCAAAUAGCGAAAAGUUCUAUCCGGCGCAGAGGCUAUCGGUUAUCACGGCGGAGCUUGAAAGCAUACAACAGGAAAUUAAAGAAUUUGAAGAAAUUACAAUUCCGACAACGAAUGCUGAAUCUUAUUCCAAAACACUGCACCAGAUGUUUGUAAAUUUAGACCUCUACCGACGUCCAAUUUUGGCGGCAGAAAAUGAAGACUUUGUGGCAAAUGUUAAUAGAAAGGAAAUGCGUAGACUAGAACUAUCUUGGCUUCGAAGCCGAGAAAAGGAAUUGCAACGAGAGAGGAGGCUCCUCCACGCUCAACUCCUGAGAAUACGAUCUCUUUAUUCACAACUGCAACAGCUGUUCGGUGCCCUAUGGAGCGACAACCAGCGUCCAGAUCCUUAUCUAGAAGAAGAAUUCGAACGGGCUCAUUCGUUGCGUAACGCCCUCGCAGGCAUCAGCAUGCGAUUGAGAGCAGCCGUGGAAUACGCGCAUUCUGGACUGCGGCUACUUGAUGAUGCUCUCCCAGCUUGGAAACUUGCUUCUAUAGGAAAGAGUGGCUGGGAGCGGACCACAGCGUGCGGUGAUGCAUGCAAGCUACUGGUACACGCGCGGUGUCAAGAGCGUGGUGCUAGAAGAGUCCUGGUGGCAUCCGCUGCACCGAGAGCAGCUCGGGCUCUACGAUUGGCCUUGGACUAUGCUUUCACUGAUACCAUGCAUGAUCAUAAAUAUCAAAGAACAACGGAAGUAUUUUUGCAAUUUAAGGAAGCUCUCGUACAAUUAGUGAAUUCGAUCCAUCAGGUUCUCCUCAAUAAUGUUGAAAACUUAGCCGUCGCAGAAAAAGAGUUAGCAGAAAGCAGAAGAAAACUCCGAGCAGUAAGAGCCAAUGACAUUCUCAAAAGAGGCCUCGCUGAUUUAAAAUAUGAAUCAUCUACUCUAGAACGCUUAAAAGGCGCACCUAAAAAUACUUGACUACGCAAAAAUUUAACUUAAAUGUGGAGAAGAUAAAAUUUAGCAGAUCAUAGAUGAUCUCACCAUUGAAUUUGAUCAAGUCAGGUAUUCCCUUUUUUAUCAGUUUCCACAAAAGUAAGAUUGUGAUACAAAGGGUUGGAUAGAGGGAAGGAUGAUUCAUGGUUGAUAUUAUCUUUGAAUGAAGCAAUGAAGUCGUUGUAUAAAUAAAAGUCCUUAUUUAUAUAAAACACAAUCAAAUUUUAUUAAAUAUCAAAUAUUGUAUUGUCUAACACGAUU